AUGAGGGAGGUCAGAAUUAGACCAAGUUUAUCAGCUGUUAGCAUUUUCUUUGCGCUGCUAAUUAGAGUUGGUGAUUAUGGUAGUGUAUGGAAGUUAUUUAGAGAUAUGAUCCAAAGGGGACCUUGCCCGAAUAUUUUUGUGUAUAAUGUGAUGAUUCUUGGCUUUUGUAGAAAAUGGUGUGUUAGAACAGGAGAAAGCUUGUUGUUUUUGACGAGGAAGUAUGGUUGUGAACCUGAUGUUAUUGCACAUAAUUUGCUAAUAAGUGCAUAUUGUGUGAGAGGCUGGACAUCUCAUGCUCUGAAUUGGGCGCAUUUUAUGGCGGAAUACGGUUGUGAACCAAGCACUGCGACAUUUGUUACAUUUAUUAAUGCACUCUGCAAGAAGGGCAACAUUGUAGAAGCAAGGAAAAUAUUUGAAGAAAUGCAAGAAAUGGGUGUUUCACCAGGCACUGUGACAUACAAUGCUUUGAUGGAUGGCUACGUAAAGGCAAGAGAAAUUGGUGAGGCUAAUAUGCUCUAUGAGGAAAUGCGGAAUAUGAGAGUUGCUCCAGAUGGUAUAACUUUUAACAUUUUGGCUGCAGGAAACUACAAAUAUGGAAGGGAAGAUGAUGGCAACAGGUUCUUAAGGGAAUUAUCUAUGAUGGCUUUGAUUCCUAAUUGUUCAAUAUCAGAAAUGUCCAUUUCAGGAUUGUGUUGGGCAGGAAGGUUAGACGAGGCUUUGCACUUACUGAAGACUAUGCUUGAGAAGGGCAUACCUGUUAGCAUAAUUGCCAUCAAUUCGCUCAUUUGUGCUUACAGCAGAGCAGGACUGCAUGAGAAAGCUUUUGAAGUGUAUAACAUAAUGACAAAAUUUGGUCUUACUCCUCCUGCUUCCACAUCUACUUCUCUGCUGAUAGGUCUAACUAAAGUAGGGAAGCUUCAAAUUGGAUUGGAUAUCUUCACUGGAAAAAUGCAUCAAAAUGGUAGAACGUAG